AUGUCAAACUCCAACUUCUCAGCCAGUCUGUUCAACGUCGCCUUCACCCCCGACAAUCGCACUCUUACCUUCAAUGUCGUCGGUGUCACCACCGUCACCGGCAACGUCACUAUCGACUUGGUCGUCAGCGCUUAUGGCUUGUCCAUCUUUAAGAAAACACUCGACCCCUGUGAGGAAGGAUGGGCCGGUCUCUGCCCCAUGAACGAGGGUCAGAUCGAUCUCGACUCCAACAUUGUGCUGCCCGCCGACUCAGUCAGCCAGAUUCCUGGUAUCGCUUACACUGUUCCUGACCUUGACGCCAAGGUACAAGUUUACGUCAACAGCACCGACACUGGUAGAGCCACUGCCUGCGUGCAAGCCGAACUUACAAACGGCAAGACUGUCGACCAGAAGGCUGUCUCAUGGACUGUCGCCGUCAUCGCCGGCCUUGCUCUGUUCACCUCUGCGAUAACAUCCGGUCUUGGACACUCCAACACUGCUGCCCAUGUCGCCGCCAACACUCUUGCCCUCUUCGGUUACUUCCAGGCUCAGUCUCUUGUCGGUAUGACUGCCGUCCCUCUUCCGCCAAUUGUCGCCUCAUGGACUCAGAACUUCCAGUGGAGCAUGGGUAUCAUUCGCGUCGGCUUUAUUCAAGACAUCGCUACCUGGUACCAGCGCUCUACUGGAGGCACUCCCAGCACUGUCAUGUCUGAGUUGUCGACCGAGUCAAUUGAAGUCCAGAAGCGUUCCGUCCACGUUGCUGAGCGUCUUCUCGCUCGUGGCGCCAUGAAGCUUCACCAGCUUCUUCCCAGAGCCGAAGCCACCGACGCCUCGACCAAGACUGUCAUUCUUCGUGGUAUCGAACGUGUCGGCUUCCGCUCCAAGAUUGAGUUGACCAACAUCUUCCUGACUGGUUACAUCUUCCUCCUCAUUUUCGUCGUUUUUGUCGUUCUCGGCGUUGUGAUCUUCAAGUUCAUCUGCGAAGGCCUCGUCAAGAUGGGUAAGAUGAAGGGCGACAAAUUCCAGGACUUCCGUAAUGGCUGGACCACCGUUCUCAAGGGUAUCCUCUUCCGUCUGGUUCUUAUCGGUUUCCCUCAAAUGGUCGUCCUCUGCUUCUGGGAAUUCACCAAGCGUGAUUCGGCUGCUGAGGUCGUUCUUGCUGUCUUCACCGUCUUCACCAUGAUCGGCAUACUCGCCUGGGCUUCUUCCAAGGUUAUCCGUCUUGCUCGUCGCUCAGUCUCGAUGCACAAGAACCCCGCUUACAUCCUCUACUCCGACCCCGUCUCGCUUAACAAGUGGGGCUUCCUUUACGUCCAGUUCAAGGCCACUGCCUACUACUUCAUCGUCCCCGUGUUGGGCUACCUCCUUCUCAAGGGUAUGUUCGUCGCCCUCGGCCAAGGAAGCGGUACUCUCCAGGCUAUCGCUUUCCUCAUCAUUGAGGGCGUCUUCUUCAUUAUUGUCUGUGUUCUCACCCCAUACAUGGACAAGAAGACCAACGCUUUCAACAUUGCCAUCUGCUUCUUCAACUUCCUCAACUCCAUCUUCCUGCUCUUCUUCACCGGCAUCUUCUCCCUCCCUGGUCUGGUCAAUGGUGUUAUGGGCAUUCUCUUCUUUGUCUUCAACGCCAUUUUCUCUCUUGGUCUUCUCAUUUCCAUCCUUGUUGCUUCGGCAUUCGCCAUCUUCUCAAAGAACCCCGACACCAGAUACCAGCCCAUGCGCGACGACCGUGGCUCCUUCAUCAAGUCGCAGACUCAACUCAACACUGAGCUCGACGCACUGGGUGCUACUGCUCGUGGUGAAGGCAAGGGCGGAUGGAAGGGUGCUCGCAUUGAAGACGAUGAGGACGGCUGGUCUGGUAGUUCCACCUCCGAGCCUCGCGUCGGCGGCAACAGCUCCUCCAUGGCCGGUAGAUACGGCGAGAUUCCUCGUUCUCCUCACGACCCUAGCAUCUCGAGCUUCCCUGCCAACGAUGGUCUGCCAAGGCACAACCCUCCCAUGUAUCUCGAUGAGAAGCAUGGUUUCUCGACGCCUGAUGUUCGCAGCCACCACAGCCCGAGUCCGGCACGCUCACCACAACAACCAACAGGCAGAGCGAGCCCGUGGCAACGCGGCGCCGGCUAUGAAUAA